AUGUCUAAUCAAACGAAAAGAUCUGUCCUAAUUACUGGAUGCUCCCAGGGUAGUGCUGGCAACGCACUGGCCCUGGAAUUCGCGUCCAAAGGGUUCCGUGUCUUUGCGACUGCGCGUUCCCAGAAGACUCUGGACAAUCUUCGGGAGAAAGGCAUCGAGACUCUUGUUUUAGAUAUCACAAGCGCCGAAAGCAUUCGAACCCUCGUGGAAGAAAUUACGACUCGCACACAAGGCCGCCUAGACAUAUUAUACAACAAUGCUGGCAUAUCAUACAAAGCACCAGCUGUUGAGGCGGAUCCAUCUCGCGUCCGCAGUAUCUUUGAUACCAAUGUGUUUGGGCUCAUGGAGAUGGUCACCGCCUUCACGCCUCUCCUUUUAGCCUCCGUAGCUCCAAACAACGUGCCGACCAUUGUCAACGUUGCAUCGGUUUUGGCGCGCCUACCAAAUCUGUUCACGUCCGCCUACAACGCGAGCAAAGCAGCGGUUGCAUUAUACUCUGAUACGCUCCGACUCGAAGUUCAACCCCUUGGUAUAAGAGUAGUGACAUUAUUCAUGGGCGAAGUCUCUACACCGAUGAUAUCAGGCGAAACCAUCAACUUCGGCCCCGACAGCUUGUACCGGGACGUAGAAGAGUCCAUCAAGGCGAGGACCGCCACUCGCGUCGAGGAUGCAAUGCGCCCAGCAGAAUUUGCUCGCCAGGUUGUCGGCACGGUGAAUGAUGGCAAAACAACAUUCGUCUGGAAGGGUUCAAACGCGUUUCUUAUCUGGUUGCUUAACGCAGUGGGGCCGAGAACCGUAUUUGACAACACUUUGAUGAAGAGAGCUGGCUUAGACACAGCUGAGGUCAAGUCGAGCAUCUUCAAGUUGGGACAAGAUCGGGCCACAAAGAGCGCUUGA